AUGGCGACAAUUACGCACGCCCCGUUGGCCCCGUUGACCACGAAGGAUACGAAAGGCACGACUGAGUUUCCCAUCCGAUACACCAACCCUGAGUGGCAAAAUACACAUCGAACACUACUCUCUGGUGGAUUGACGAAGGAUCUCGAGUCCAUCCUACCUCCCGGUCUUGACCAGGAAGACUUUGACAAAGCCAUCGGCGAAUAUGUCGAGGUCUUGGGCAAGGAUGGUGUUUUCGUCGGUAAAGCCCUUGAGGAUUUUAUCGACCCUUACGAGCUCUACGGCGGGCCAGCGCCCAAAAUGAAUAGCUCUGUUGCCCUGGAUUUGCACAGGAUGAACAAGAUCAUCGAUGUCAGCGAGCAAUACGCCUACGCCGUCGUCGAGCCGGGCGUCACUUUCUAA